GAACGAGGCAAGACUUUCCAUUUAAUUUGUGACGUUUACUUGAAAUGUAAAGAAAUUUGGAGCUAAUCCCGCCGUAUUUAUGUAGUUAACAAAAAUUAACGAAAACAUGUUUAGUGUUUUGUUAAUCCUGUAGUUUAUGUAUAAUCAAAAGUUGAAUCAUGAUGGAUGAGUAUGGCCUGGACCCAUACGAGCAGCAGCUUUUAAAAGUAUUUAAUAGUCACGACAGAGACAAUUGUGGCAGCUUGGACAGAGAGGGUCUCACACAACUUUGCCAGACUCUGCAGCUAGAUGAACACGGUCUUGAUCUCGUCAAAUGCCUGUUGAAGGAUAAACGUACUCGAGUAAAUUUUACAGACUUCAAAGAUGCGUUGCUAGCUCUUCUCGGCAACAUACAAAACAAUAAAUCGUCCGGGAAUGAUGAUAAUAUCGAAGAGAAAUCUUCACCUGAUCGAGAAGUUUCUCCAAAGUUCGUCUAUGGCUCUAAAAAGUACGGUAGACGAUCUAGACCAAGGAAUGAAGACAUACAUAAACUUGCCAAUGAAGACGACAAGCCGCAAAAUAUUUCCGUGCAACGCUCCAACUCUAACACCGAAGUCUCUUCUAAGAAACGAAAGACCAACUACAGACUACAGAGGUGUACUUCUCUACCUGCUAAUAACGAUUUAGUAAUUGACGACAAAAAUUUAAAUUCCCAUUUAAUAUCCAAUGACACGGAACUGAUCUGUACCGAAGAAAUGCUUCGAGAAGCUUGGAAAAAAUUGGGUGUUGGAGAGGAUGGUUAUUUGAACCAAACUGAACUUAUUUUAGUUUGUGAUGCUAUUGGUCUUCACAAAUUAGCCGAUGGCGUUAUACGACAGCUCUCUGAUAAGUUGACCGUGAAUUGUGACCAUAAGAUCAGUUUUCAAGAAUUGCUAACAAUUUUACAACAGGAUGACACGUGGUUUGAGGUCCUCAACCAUACGAUACCAACAAAGGAUGUGGAAAUAGAUGGCUCUCUUUUACACCAGUCCAGCGAAUGUCUCUUCCCAGACUCCCGCACGUUCCAUCUAGUAACAUUGGGACCAGACGGAAACGGAAUGAUCAACACGGAUGAUCUGAUCGAGAUGUGGGAGAGCGUUGGAAUACAUUCCCCCAAGGAACUCUUGCACGAAUUAGGUUUUAACUGCAGGAUGGUUAACAUUUUGGAUUUGGCCGAUGUUCUGGACAAGCAAACCAAAGGGAUUACUGAAGCGACCCGGAGUGAUUUUCAAAGUCCUCACAUCGCUCUACUGCAGGCCAGUUUAACCCUUUACCAGUCCGAAAUAAAAACCUUCAAGAAUCUCCUGGAGCAAAUGCACGCCGAACGUGAAAAGCUAAAAUGUCAUGUAACCGACGCCAACAACAGAGCAACCCUUCUGGCCCAAGAAGUCGAUGACAAUCAUUCCCGAAUGGAACAGAACACUUUAAAUCAAGUCAAAUUGAUAGAGCAAAGACAUUCUGAUAUUCUAAAAGAAAUCACAGCUCAGUUUACCAAAGAAAAGGAUCAUAUCUCAACCAUCAAUCAAAGCCUGGAGGACAAAAUCUCGACUCUAGAACAAGAAGUCAGUAAACUUAAGAACGAUCUCUCGAUAGCUCAGAAAUAUUCCUUGAAUGUAGAAAAGGAGAACCAAGGUUUGUCGUUAAAAAUCGCCGAGUUAGAAAGAGAUAGAAGUCUCCUUAGUGGCCAGAUAGAUGUCCUCGAAAACGAGAAGCUUAAGUUGAACGAAAUGGGCCAGGAAGAGAAUAAAGUGUUGAUGGCGAAAUUGACUACGUUGCAGAUGGAGAAUGCGCAGUUAAAGGAUAAAAAUGACGAGAUGGUGUCGGAGAUUGAGAGUUUAUCUAACAAGAUGGCGAGCAUGAGGAUGAAAGUGUCUAGUACACCGACGGCCGUCAACACGCUCGACCAAUCGAUGGAAGAGAACAUAUCCAUAAUCUGCGAAGGUGUCGGACUAGGCGCGAAGCGUAGGAGUGACUACUCUCCAUCUAAGGAUAAUCUCUUGUUCGGAAUAGCUGAUAGCAGUCCGAGAUUGGGAAAAAUCAGAAAAUUCCAUACCAAAAAUCAGGAAAACUUCGAAGUACCUUUCACCUCAAGCGAAAGUGGCUUCGACACCGAAGUUGACUGUCCAGAUUCGCCCCUAUGUGACGAAUCCUCCAGUGAAAACGAAGAAAUCACUAGACUACAAUCAAAAGUGGCCUUUCUGGAGCAGAUCCUUAAACAGAAUGGUAUUCCCGUGCCCAACACUGGCUGUGAGAGCUUGGUAGCGAACUGGAAUUCAAACCCCGAAUAUUUAUAUAAUAGAGUACAAGAACUAGAAAAAUUAAUCAGAGAUAUAAAAGAAGCCAUGAGAAUGAUGAUCGAAAAAGACAACAUAAACUGUGAUACUUUGAAGAAGGUUAGUGAGAAAUUGGAAAAGUCGUUCCUGCUUAACGGUACUAACUCUUUAGAUACGUUUAAACUUGACAGUCCGGAAAAGGAAUGCGCGUGCGCUAGCUCACAAACAGACUUUAUUGAUGAGUUUGAGGCGAAGGUGACUGAAUUAGAAGUGCAAAAUAAAGAAUUAUGCGUUAAAUGUGCCGAAUUGGAAAAUUGUGUUGAGUUAUUGAGGAACGAGUAUGAGAAAUGCGAGGACUAUUGGCAAAAUAAGGUCGAUGAAGAAAGACAAAUGUACGAAGCUGAGCAAAAAGUCAACAGCGAUAAAUUGGCGGAUUUAAUUAUAAAGAUGAAAGAAUAUGAAGAACAAUUCACCGAUCAAGAGUUGCCAGAUGGAAGAUUACCUACUAUAGAAGAAACUUAUCAUUUAGAAAAACAGUUUACCGAUUUGGAAGAAGAGUUUGAAGUGUAUAAAGAAGAGAGCGAAACAAAACUACUACAGAAGGACGAGGAAAUAGCGUUUUUGAAAGAAAAAUUGACUGAAUUAGCACUGAAACAAGCCAAGGAUGUAGCCGUCCAAGUUGAACUAGAUACCGAAGAAAUUAGAAUAUUGAACAAAAUGCAAAAUUUGUCGUGUUAUGUAAUCGAAAAUACUAGUCGAUAUCCCGAGGAAAUGAUGCCACCUAGUCCUCAAGUUCAAAAUAAUGCGGAAUACAUUAAUCAUUCGCUAGUCUGGAACCAGCAAGGCAGAAAUGAUGAACAAUCCGAGAAUUGUAAGUCUCUUCCAGUAAGUUGGAGUUUUGAUAAUAAAACCGAAUCUAAUGGUCCGUCCACGUCUUGUAGUACCACUAGUUUAGACAAAAACUCCACCCCCUGCACACCUUGUAGGCCUAAAAGAACAAAGAAGUACAACAAAAAUAUUUAUAAGAAAAACGUGCCAGAAAAGGAAGACGGGCAUCGUGACACAGAUCAAAGAACCGGUUCUGGCAGUCAGAGCAGUUGUCAUAACCCGAACUUUGGACCUGAGCAGAAAAUAGUUAUACCUUUAAGAUCUUUCCAUAAUUUGAACGCCAGGCGGAACUUUUUGGAACAAAGAGUUAGAAGUCUGCAAGUGUGUCUUCAACAACAGAAAUACUGCCAUGAACAAAUGCUGCAACAUUUCUGGCACCAAUUUAGCAGCGAACAAGCCGAGACUCAUUCCAAACUGAAAUACUAUCAGGAGAAACUCGACCAACAAGUCCGAAUAAACCGGGAGCAGUUGGACAAGCUGGAAAAGACCGACAUGCUGGUUAAGGACCUCUAUGUCGAAAAUUCGUACCUUAUUGCCAGCAAGCAAAGGCUGGAAGAACAACGGUGUCACAUGCUAGCUCAUUGUAACUCUAAUUCCGUAUAGUGAAGUUUUAUUUAUUUUCAGUUUAAGUUAUAUUUCCAGUAUCUGGAUAACAACUAUAUUUGGUGAAGAAACUCUUAGUUAUGUUUUUUAUAAUAUAGAGGAACUGGUAUUCAAUGUAUUAUUAAUUUGAAAUUUGUUAAAUGGAUAAUUGCAAAAAUACGAAUUAUGUUUGG